CCUGCCCCUCCCAUCUCAACUCCUAAUUUUCACUUCCCUGCUUUCCCAGUCCCAUGCUUAAGCUCCAAGAAGCUCCGACGACUCUGAUGGUCGGACAUUGAAACUCGAUUCUCUCUCGUGCACCAUAGUUGCUUCUGAAUCCUGAUGCCUCACUCAUUGAUCGAAACGAAAGCAAUAACGAACUAGUGAAAGGGGCAGAGUGAGAAUUUAGUGGUCUGCUUUGGAACCCUUCUCUAGCCGGCGAAGUUGGGCUACGCUUUAGUCAUCUCCAGCCUCAUCUGGUGUUCUUCUUCUCCAAAUAUAUAUCUCUUCUACCGGAAAUUAUAUUUGUGCUGCUCGUAUAGUUAUUUGUAACAUUUGCUGCCGGUGACCCUACCACCACCACCACCACAACAAGUGGAUUUUGGCUAAUAAUGGGAUUACUCAGCAUCAUCCGAAAAAUCAAGAGAAAAGAGAAGGAAAUGCGUAUACUGAUGGUGGGCCUUGAUAAUUCUGGAAAGACGACAAUUGUUUUGAAGAUAAAUGGGGAAGAUACUAGCAUUAUCAGUCUCACACUUGGUUUUAAUAUUAAAACCAUCUCUUACCAAAAAUGCGCUAUUAUUCUACCAAUUAGAGCCAUGGGAGUAAUUUUAUCAUGUUCACAUUAUCUACAGAUAUAUACCUUAAAUAUAUGGGAUGUUGGGGGCCAAAGAACUAUAAGAUCAUAUUGGAGGAAUUACUAUGAGCAAACUGAUGGCUUAGUUUGGGUAGUUGACAGUUCGGAUCUUAGAAGGUUAGAGGACUGCAAAAUGGAACUUGAUAAUCUUUUGAAGGAAGAAAGGCUGUCUGGGGCAUCUUUGCUAAUACUAGCAAAUAAACAAGAUCUAAAAGGUGCUCUUACACCAGAGGAAAUUGCAAAGGUAUUAAACCUGGAGAAUAUGGACAAAACCCGACAUUGGAAAAUCAUGGGCUGUAGUGCAUACACGGGGGAGGGACUGCUUGAGGGAUUUGAUUGGUUGGUUCAGGACAUCGCCUCUCGAAUCUAUAUGCUCGAUUGAUUCAUCAGACUCUGACUCAUUGUUCCACCGAGAAAUUUUCAAUGCACUGGAUGAUGGAUUUUCUUUUCCAAAGUUGCCCAUAUUGGUCUAUCUGGUCUGAAUUUACCCGUGUAAUUGAUUGGCCCAUAAUCUUUCUUUUCAAUGAAUAAGUUGAUACUAGAAUGACAUUAAUGGCAGAAAAAUCUCUAGUUUCAUUCAAUCAA